AUGGUACUUUUUGUCUUCUUGUUGCAACACAUCACAGCAAUCUCAUAUUGUCCCACAAAAUGCCUGUGCGACGACGAAAAACUCCAUGUAACAUGCGGCGAAGGCAAUUUAGAUGUGUUACCAAUCGCCCUGAAUCCGUCCAUUGAACGCCUCAUCAUUCAAUACAACAAAAUCAAGACGAUAGAUUCGUCGGUGUCGUUCUACACUGAGUUGACAAUGUUGGAUUUGAGUGCCAAUCAUUUGUUGAAUAUCCCGCCAAAAACCUUCAUCUAUCAGAAAAAGUUGUUGGAAUUGCAUUUGAACAACAACAAAAUCAGUUCAGUGACAAAUCAAACGUUUUUCGGCAUGACAGACUUACAAGUCUUGAAUUUACGCAAAAAUCUCAUCGACGAGCUAAAUUCAAACCUGUUUUUCACACUACCAAAUUUGCAAGAACUGAAUUUGGCGGGAAAUCGCAUCAACAAGAUCGAUCCAAAAGCAUUUUCGGGACUUUUCAACUUGAAAGUGUUGUAUUUGGAUGAUAAUAAUCUUGCGACAAUUCCAUCGGAGAGCUUCAAACCAAUGGCUCGACUCGCUGAACUGUAUUUGGGUAUCAAUUCGUUCAUGAGUAUUCCCGCAGGUGCUUUCCAAGGCUUACAAGCACUCAGCAAACUCGAUUUGCAUGGCGUCAUGUUGGUAAAUUUGACACAAGAUUCACUUUUGGGCUUAGAACGCGUCAAAUCGCUCGAUUUGAGCGAUAAUCAUUUUCCAAAAGUGCCAACUGUUCAAUUGUCUCGCUUGAAGCGAUUGGAGGAGCUUAUUAUCGGUCAAAAUGACUUUGAAAUGAUACCAGAAGGGGCCUUCUUCGGUUUAAAUAACCUCAAACGCGUCGAUAUCACGGGCGCAUUGAACUUGAAACGAAUUCAAACAGGAGCUUUUGCUGCCAACACAAAUUUGGAAACGAUCAUCAUUGCAUCGAACAAGCAACUUGUUGACAUUCAGGAGGGAGCUUUCAGCGGAUUACCGCACUUGAAAAAUGUCGCGUUGAAGGAUAACUCAUUGUCAACGUUCCGCGAAGAACUUUUGCCGUGGAAAGAUUUGCAGAGCUUCGAUGUCAGCGAAAACCCUCUUCGUUGCGAUUGUAAUAUAAUGUGGUUGCGACAACUUUUGGCAAGUAAAAAACACAAUGAAUCAAUGAACACAAUUAUUUGUAUGACUCCUGAACGCUUCCAUGGCGAAUCGUUGGAACAUAUUACGCCCGAUUUGAUGGGUUGUAUCCAUAUUUCGGCACGCGAACGAGCGAUUUUUGGAGUUUUCUUGGUAGGAACAGCUGCCAUUAUCACAUCUGUAGCAUUAAUUACAUUUAAGUUUAGAUAUCACAUAAUGGACUACUUACGAUGCAUUUGGCAUAAAAGUAAUAAUCUUAAGGGCGAAAAAGAGCAAGAAUAUCAGAAAACCUUUUCCGAUGAGGAUUUUUUCUCUCGCACAAAUCAAAAUAUCUACGAAUAUAUACAUAAAGUGCAUCCCGCGCCUUCGAUGACGCCUUCCGUGUGUCAUUAUGCGGAGUAUUCUCCAUCGCACCAAAACUAUUUCAAGCCGAUUCCCAUUUCAGAGUUAUAG